CAACAGCUGGGCCGGUCGCCACGGCGACGCAACGCGCCGCCACAGGAUGUGGCCGGAGUGGCGAGGAGGCGCAAGGCCAGCGUGUCGCAAACGCUGGCGGACAUCAUGGCGACGCUGGGACACCCAGUAGUGCACUUCCUGUACGCCGACCUGCUCAGUGCCGUGUGGCGUGUCUUCCAGAACUGGGUGGAAAUGGGGACCUUGCGGCGCAUCCAUCACCUGGUGGCCAAGGUGCACCUGCACUUGGCGGGGUUCGAGGCGGGCGGGAGCGAGGAGCAGGUGCUCCGCUAUUGGUUCAGCGUCCUGCGGGGACUCUGGGCCUUGGGGCGCAGGCUGGUGCACAGCUCCGCGGGCGGGGGGCGCAGCGUCCUGAAGCGCAGCGUGGAGAACGCACGCAGCUACUACACGCUCAGCUGGGUCAACACCAGACUUAUUCCUAGCCCCUUCCUGCUCCCUCACUGAUAAUAACAUCAUGGCAAAUUUACACCGCUCCACUUAGUGGCUUUUAUCCCUGGUAGGAAGGGUUGCAAAUGUAUGUUUUUUAAUUUAAAGGCCUACUGAAAGCCACUACUACCGACCACGCAGUCUGAUAGUUUAUAUAUCAAUGAUGAAAUCUUAACAUUGCAACACAUGCCAAUACGGCCGGGUUAACUUAUAAAGUGCAAUUUUAAAUUUCCCGGGAAACUUCCGUUUGAAAACGUCUAUGUAUGAUGACGUUUGCGCGUGACGUCAAUGGUUGAAACGGAAGUAUUCGGACACAUUGUAUCCCAAAACAA